AUGCUGGCGAUUCCCAAAGCAAAUGAAAAGCUCGCGGAACUUGGUGACAACGACAGGCCCCAGAGGACGGACUCUCGCGUGCCAGGAUUGCAAUUGGAUUAUCCUACUCACCCAUUUCCCCCGGAUCUUUGUCACGACAUCUCCAACCUCCCAGAAGGGUUCAGAGAACUGGCUUUGUCCCUUCGUCUAAGCAGGGAGGUGAUUCGACUGGUCAUCGCCGCUAGUCGUCAAGCCUUCCCUGAAGCGUGGGAGGUUCAUCAGUCGCGGCCUUGGAUCUGCUGUCCGUCGAUGGUACUGAUGUACUCGAGAAAAUACCUUGGGCAGUCGAGCCGCGUGACGGAGCGCCUUGUCAGCCUGAGCGUGCUGAUAAGCUGCAUGCGCUCCGUGUCGUUUGCAUUCGGGGCCGAAGAACUCCCUCUGCUGGAGCAGCUCGCGUCUCUCGCAGCGCAGCGCGGCUUCGAAGAAUCCAGCACGGACCAGGACCAUCAUUAUGUGUGGACGGUGAUUAUGACGGCCGAAGCAUGCCGACGAGGGUCGCUUUCCAGCGUGGCGGACCAACUCGUGUGUGAUCUCCUGGAGUCCAAGGCGAGGAAUGACAUGACGGCGCCUGGUCUCCUCGGCAACUGGACCAGGUUGGAGGGGGUCCUGAAGCGGUAUCUCUGGAGGCAGGACCUGUUGGACGAGUGGAGGAAUGUUUGGGUGACGACGCUGGGCAACCCGCCCCCGGGAGAACGAGGCAAAUCGUGA